AUGGCUUGUUAUUGCAUCGACCUUUUAAAAGGCCUUUGCAACGUAAUUUAUAAGAUUGCUUCAAAGGCUUUAGUGAAUCGAUUUCAAGAAGUUCUUUGGUUUUGCAUUGAUGAGGCACAAAGCGCAUUUAUGCUGGGGUAUCUCAUUUCUGAUAACAUUGUGGUCGCUUAUGAGAUUUUUUGUUCCAUGAAAAAUAGAAGAAUGGGAAAAGAAGGGUCGUUUGCUCUCAAGUUGGAUAUGAGCAAGGCAUACGACUGUGUUGAGUGGCAGUUUAUUGAAGGCCUUUCAGCUUUGCUUAGAUUGGCGAAAAGUGGUGGUGCAAUAAGGGGAACAAGGGUGAUGAGAGGUGUUCCAUGGGUUACUCAUUUAUUGUUUGUGGACGACAACCUCAUUUUUUGGGAUGCCACGAAAAUGGGAGAAUUAAAUGUCUUGAAGGUGUUUCAAUCAUACGCCAAGGGUUCAGGUUGGAACCAUGAUUUGAUUGACUUGCUUUUUGUAGAUGAUAAUGCAAUCCUUAUCCAGGUUAUUCCUUUACCGUCUGUUCGUCAAGAGGAUUGUCUCAUUUGGGGUGAUGAACGCUCGGGAGACAAUGAGGGACCUGUUUAUUCCCCAGAACUUACCUCUCAACAAGCGGAAGUAUAUCCGCGCAAAUCCUCCAUUACCAUCAACCCUCAAGGCGGUGCUGUAACACCAAUGAACUUUCAAGCUAGAUCAGGCUCUAACCCUGGAGACAACCUUGCUAAUCCCGCUAUCCCUGACUUCGAUGAGACAGUUGAGAAAAUGAAUGGUGAAUUGUCGAAACAGCUCGAAGAAAAGUACAAAUGGCUGGAGGAAAAACUUAGAGCGAUGGAAAGUACUGAGGGCUACCAUUGA